CCCCCGUCACCUUGAUCCCUGGCACAAGCAUGAUGGCAUCGCCCGUCCUGCAGAAGCUGGAGUGCUCCAUCUGCCUGGAGCUCUUCAAGGUGCCCGUCACUUUGCCCUGCGGGCACAACUUCUGCAAGACCUGCAUCAGCGACCACUGGGACAAGCAAGAGCGGGUGCCCACCGGGGCCGAGAAGGGCUACAGGUGCCCCCAGUGCCGCAGGGACUAUGAGCAGCGCCCGUUCCUGGAGAAGAACGUCACCCUGUGCAGCGUGGUGGAGCUGGCCAGGGAUGGAGAGGCACGGGCCCCCGGCACGGAGAGGUGCGAGGUGGCCCCGGGCGAGCUGUGCUCACAGCACGGGCGCCCGCUGGAGCUGUACUGCCAGGAGGAGCGGCGGUGCAUCUGCUGCGUCUGCACCGUCCAGCAGUGCCAGCGGCACCGCCGGGUGCUCUUAGAGGAGGAGCGCUCCAAAAAGCAGGCUCUUUUGAAAGAGUCCCUGGAAAAAGCCCAGGAGGAAUCAGAGAGGAUCAAGCAGGUGAUGCAGAAGCUGGAGGAGCAAACACACAGCAUCAAGAUCUCCUCUGAGGAGCUCAAAUCCACGAUUCUGAGCAAGUUUGCCCUCCUGAAGAAAGCCCUGGAGGAUUGCCAGUGGCAGACAGUGGCCAGGAUUGAGCGAGAGCAGGCGGCAGUGCUGGGACGCAUGGAAGAGGACUGGAGCCUCCUGAAGGACCACCUGGACCACCUCACCCAGCAUGAGGAGAGGGCUCAGCGCCUGCUGGCCUGCCCCAACCACAGGACCUUCCUCCAGGAGUUUCCCCUGCUUCCAUCUCUGGAGAGCCCAGAGGUGGUGGUCCCCACGGAGUUCAGUGCAGCCAACACAGUCAAGCCCAUCGCUGAGAUCCUUACCGACGUCUCCAGGCUCCUGCUGGAGGACUUGCCCGGCUCUGUGGCCUCUGAAGCCCCUGACCCCGUUGGCCAAGGCCUGGUGCAGCCCAAGGAGCCAGCAGUGAAGGUGGUGGCCCCUCUCCCUGCGUGCCAACUCCGAGAUAAGCUUCUGAAGGACCACCGCAACCUGACCUUCGAUCCCAAGACAGCCAACAAGCACCUGAAGCUGUCGAGAAGUAACCGGAAAGCCAAGCACAGCCCCGGUGCCAUCUGCGGGCAGAUGGAGCAGGGACCCCGCUUCAAGCCCUGGCAGGUGCUGUGCACGCAGAGCUACGGCCACGGCCACCACUACUGGGAGGUGGAGGUCUCCAGCCACUCUGUCGUCCUGGGGGUGACCUACCACAGCCUCCCCUGGGAACUGCAGCAGGGCCAGAAAUUCAACAUUGGGCUGAACGGGGGCUCCUGGGGGCUGCAGGUGCUGGAGGAUUGCUACCUGGCCUGGCACAAGGGCCAGAAGGAGAAAAUCCGGGAGCGGCUCUAUAAGAACCUGGGGGUCAGCCUGGACUACGGCAAGGGGGUCCUCUCCUUCUACGGCCUCGGGGAGACGAUGCAGCUCAUCUACUCCUUCCACAAUGUCUUCACCGAGCCCCUCUACCCUGUUUUUUGGCUGUGUGAGGGGCGGACGGUGGUGCUGUGCCAGCGGGAAUGAGCCGGAGCUGCCGUGCUGCUCCGUUAGCCGGGCCGGGACCCGGGCUGGGACCAUGGCCAAGCUGCAGCUGGGGCCAUCACGGUGCAAGUGGGAUCCCAAUCCCAAGAUGGAGUGAGGUGCAGUGUUUUAACAAGAGCUGAGACGGCCUGACAUGCAAAUUAACCCACUCUGAUUUGCAUAUGCAGAUAUCACAGUGACAGAAGUUGGGGCAGAGAAAAGGAUCCUGGCCGUGGGGACGAAGCCCAUGGUCACUCUGCCUGGGGGACACAUGCAGGUGGCCUGUUCCUCCAGAUGGGGUGAGGGAAGGGGAUAGUGAGGGUGCAAGAAUUGGGUUUUUCCUCUUGCUUCUAUCCCUGCCAAACCUCCCAAGGCAGGAGAAGAUUUGGGGUGAGGGAGACCCUGGAAGGGGGGGGUCCUUCAUCCAUGGGGUGGUAUGGAGUGAUGCACAGCAAGCCCUGCGCUCCCCCAGCCCCACAUGCAGGCUGGUCUUGCUCCACCAGUCCCUCCCAGUCCUCUCUUGCCCCCCCAGUCCCUCCCAAUCCUUUCUUGCCGCUCUCGGAUGUGGCAGAGCACCACUUUAGAGUGCUGUAU